UCUCUCUGUGGAGGUCUGAAGAAAGAGCUCGCGCCAGGUAGACGCUGCGCCGUCAUCAUGGGCAAGGGGGACCCCAACAAGCCGCGGGGCACGAUGUCCUCGUACGCCUUCUUCGUGCAGACCUGCCGGGAGGAGCACAAGAAGAAGCAUCCCGACUCGUCGGUCAACUUCGCCGAGUUCUCGAAGAAAUGUUCGGAGAGAUGGAAGACCAUGUCUGCCAAGGAAAAGUCGAAGUUUGAAGAUUUGGCCAAGAGUGACAAAGCUCGUUAUGACAGGGAGAUGAAGAACUAUGUUCCUCCCAAAGGUGAUAAGAAAGGAAAGAAAAAAGAUCCAAAUGCUCCCAAGAGACCACCGUCUGCCUUCUUCCUGUUUUGCUCUGAACAUCGCCCAAAGAUCAAAAGUGAACACCCCGGCCUGUCUAUUGGAGAUACUGCAAAGAAACUGGGGGAGAUGUCUGAGCAAUCUGCCAAAAGAUAA